GAACAAGUUCAAUCUUUUUAAUUAUAAAUGAAAAUAAUAUUUUUAACAUUUAUUGUCCUUAUUCUAGUUCAGGAAUUUGUUUGCAAUGAAGAAAUUCGACGAAGAGCUGGACGUCAAAAAGCUAUUUUACCACCAACCACACCUGAAGUUACAACCGUCGCUAAUAAAAAGCCAAAUUCUGACGAACUUUGUCAAAUGUUAGGGGGCAGUUGUCAAAUAGCAUGUGAAGGCUUAUAUAACAUUUUUUCAACGUGUUCGUUAGGUUUAUCGUGUUGCAUCAUAUUUAAAUUACAAAAUGGGGGUGAUGUUGGAACGGAAUAUAGAGACACUUUCCUCAUUGAAACUAUAAGAGGUGAAGAUUCAAAUUUUGACAAAAAGAAGUGCAGAGCAUCCGACUACGAUUGUGAUUCAGAAGAAGAUGAUAAACCAGAGAAGGAACAUAAACAACAUCCGGUGUCAGAGGAAAAGAAAAUCUCAGCCGAAGUCCCUGUAGAGAUUCCAGAAUCAACUAAAAGCUUUGAAGAACCAGAAAAAGUUUAUUCGGAUUCUGUUGAAACGAUGGAAAUUGAAGACUCGUCCGAAUCUUCUGAAAUCUCUGAAUCAGAUGAAGAAGAUUAUGUUCCCGUAAGUAAGGAGAAGUCGAAGAAGUCUAGAAAACUAAAAUCUCGAAAAACUUCUUCCGAUAAAGUUCACCGUGAAAAAUUAAAACCUGUUAAGGUUUCUGCAACAAAUCGUCAUAAAAAACAAAAGAAAGUCUCUUCAAGUGCAGAAAAAGAACGGAGUCCAGUUUCUUCCUCAGAAUCUCGAGUUUCUUUCUCAGGAUCUGAUGAAGAUAUUGAAAAGAUUUUCUUUAGUGACAAACCGUAUGUCCCGUAUGAAAACAGAAAGCCAAAAAAAUCGAAAACGAUCAAAAGACGAAAAAUUUCUAAAAGAAAGCAUUCCAACACUUCCUAGAAUUGCUAGAAUAGGAAUUGAAAUAAUUGGAGAGUUUCUCGAAAAUAUUUUCACUAAAUUUUUCAUCCACUAAUAAACAAAUUGACUUUAAAUAAAAUGAACACAAAAAGUUAAAAUUUUCAUAUUUAGAUUUAAAAUGUUAUUGAAAAGUCCAAUGAAAACUCGUGAAUUGUAACUGAAGGUGACACCCACAGUCAUAUUGAAUUAAUUUC